AUGUUGAAGUGUACGAUCUGUCUGGCGUCGACGGAUUUUCGGGAGGAUGCGACCGCAGUCAGGACGGGUUCGGGACGAGUCGGCACUGCUGAUGGUUGUGCCCGUGGUGAUGAUGAUGAUGAUGAUGAUGAUGAUGAGGAGGAGGAGGAGGAGGAGGAGGAGGAGGACGUUGAUGAGGUUGAUGAUGAUGAUGUAAUGAAGGAAGCCAAUUUGGCGCAGCAUAAACCAAAUUACUGUAACUCCUCCUCUGCCCCACGCAAAUUUAGCCUCAACUUUCUAAUUUGA